GCAGAGCUGAUAAUGACGACAGCCUGUAUGCAUUCAGCUUGUUUACUGAAUAAAUUCUUUACUGAGAACUGUGAGUCCCCCUCAGCCUAUCGCAGCGAUGCACUAGACCUAUAAUAUACACAAUGUGUGAGUCUGGACUUACGAAAUGCCACUGUUGGACUAUUUAAAAUGCAGAGAGAAAUGAACAAGUGGUUCACAAUCCAGUUUACAUCGGUACAGGAGUUUUGAGGAGAAAUACUAGGUUCUAGAUGUUUUUGGAAAUGACUUUGGACACGAGCUGAAAACUUUUAUCAUCGUCGCAGGAGAAGAGAAAAGAGAUAGAAAGCUCAGAUGACAGCUGCCUGGCGACGGUGGAUAAACCUGACCAAUAAUGCAACAGGAUAGACUAACACAAAAGAAACUUCUCCUAUGAUGAUUAUGCCUGAAACUCCAACAGAGCGUGAGCAGCAAUCCCAGAUAGAAUUGGAAGUUCAGUCCCAGACUGAGCUUCCAGAGAGCUCCUCUGAGCUCGGACAGAGAGGCCGGUCUGAUGAAGAUGAGGCUCCACAGACAACACAGCGACGAAGGCUGUUCCUGCUCCUUGUUUGGAGCUUUUGCCUCUGUGCUUUUAUUAUAGUACUCAUUUACACUCUGCACCAUUUUCAGACCAGGCCUGUUCGGUCGUGCAAGUCUGAAGCCUGUUUGCAGGUCUCAGCUCACCUGUCUGCCUUUGCUGACCCUUUCACACAACCAUGUGACUUCUACCUGUACACCUGUCUCUCCGACUGGAGGAAGGGCAGACAGAGGGGUCCGGGACUCCCAGGACCACCCGGAGCCCGCCAGGACCAGAGACCAAGUCCACAACAUGUGGACCAGCGUCUGAGAAAGAAGAAACUGACAGACAGGAAAACAUUGCUGCUGCAGUAUCUCAAAGACACUUUAGAGUCUAAUGACAAACUGGCGAGCUCUGCAGAACAGAAAGCCAAAAUGUUCUACCACUCCUGUUUAGACACCAGGUCCAUAGAGACAGCUGGAGCAGAACCUUUUCUCAAACUUAUUGAAAAUCUGGGGGGCUGGGCUGUGACGGACCAGAAAUGGAACCAGACGGACUUAAACUCCACUCUGGGACUGUUAAUGAGGAACUAUGGAACCUUUCCAUUCUUCAACCUCCUCGUAGGCAAAGACCCAAAUGAAUCAUCUCAACAGACAUCGAGGAAUUACAUACAGAUAGACCAGCCAGAUCUGCUGAUCCCCAUUGACUUUAACAGCCAGACUGAAAAGUCUGAAGCAAAGACUGAGACUCUUCGUCCAUUCUUCUCCAUGUGUACACGGUACCUCUCCCUGUUAGGGGCGCCACAGAGAGACAGUCUGAAUCAUGUGGGUCAGUUCAUCUCUCUGUCGUCUGAGCUGGCUGUUGCUACGGCGCCGCUAGAGUAUCGUCUUGCCAAAGGACAGCUGUACCAGCGCAUGACCAUCAGGGAGCUGCAGAGCCAGGCUCCUGUGAUCGAUUGGUUGGGCUGUUUACAGAUGGCUUUUGAACCAGUGUCUCUCACUGAAGAUGACCCUGUUCUUGUGCAUAACCUACCUUAUAUUAUAAAAAUGUCCCAGAUUAUCAGCGAUUGGUUAAACAAACCGGAAUAUAGCAACAGCUUUCCACUUCACACCUACAUGAUCUUUAACCUUCUGCACACAAUGAUUCCAGCUCUGGACUACAGAUUCAAAGAAACAGUGGAGCAGAUUGAGCCUCGCUGGAAGAGCUGUGUGUUGGAGACUGAGCGAGGAUUUGGCUCUGUCCUCACGCACUUUCUCAACAAGAGGACAGCCCAUGCGGAGGUCAACGAGAUAAUUGAAAACAUGGUCACCUCUCUCAAGUCAAAACUUCAUGGACUUCAGUGGAACAAUCCAAAGACUCACAAGGCUGUUGUGAAAAAGGUUAACUCCCUUACUCACAAAAAGUGGACUUCAAAUCAAACAAAUGAGGCAGAAUUUGACAAUUUUUUUGCUGAGAUAACCAUGGGCUCUACCUUCUUUUGGAACUAUGCCCAACUUCUUUCCUUGUGGCAGAAAAGCAGGAUUAAACUUCUGGAGGAGCAGAGUGAAGGUGUUGACAUCUUGUCUGUUAGCCCAGUUCUUAAUCGGAAAGAGCUUGUUUUUCCAUUGGGAAUGUUUGUCCCCCCUCUCUUCCAUCCCACCUAUCCACGGGCAUUCAAUUAUGGAGUGACUGGUUUCCUCAUCGCAAAAGAUAUCUUACACCUGCUGCUUCCUGAUGUUCAUGGUCACAGUGAGAGCGUGGCACAGGUGGCCAAUUGUGUGUGGACUUAUUACCUCAAUGCCAAAGACAGGAGCAGAGCAGGAGGCAAUUCCCUCUCCAGAGCACAGCAGCAGGAGGUGUGGGUGCAGUACUCAGCUCUAGAGUUGGCACUGCAGGCUUAUCAGCAAAGUUUAAAAAGCAACCCGAGUGACACCUCUCUGUCUGGACUCUCACAUACAAACCUGUUCCUCUCAGCUUUCUCUCAGUUUAACUGUGAUUUGGAUCCAUACCAUGACUCAAUGCCUUUGGAGUCCUCCUUUCUGGUCAAAGUCCUCUGCGCCAAAUCUGAGCUGUGCGUCCUCCACUGCGCCAAAGAGAAAUACCAGCCUGCGUUAAAAUCAUGUUGACCUCACGGGACUGGUGUUCUGCAGAAAAACAUUAUCCCAUAUGAACAGAAAAAAAAAAAAAAAAACAUUUGAGGAUCUUUUGUACAGAAAUAUAAUUUACUAUUUAUUGCGCAUUUAUGUUGUUUUGUCAUUUUAGGUUGUUUAAACAUUAAACAAUAAACAUUUUAUAAAUUAUGAGUAAAAUAUUAUUGAGAAAACAUUAGCAGUGAAAUUAAUGCAGACACUGACAAACGUUUGGUUUCCUUGUUCAAACCUCUUCUUGUGUUUGGAGCCUCUCUCCCAAAUCUACUCUUCAGAUGUACUUUUUAGGCUGAUUUACGCAGUUUUUAGACAAUCAUGCGAGUAAAAGCCCCAACCAAGACGGUCAGGUUCGUUUCCCCGCCGGAAGAAGCAGAGAUUUCUUUAUCAUUUAACACCGCGGGAAACACCGACUAACCGCAUCCAGACGCUCAAGAGUCCCCCUGGAAAAGGCCUGGGGAAGGCGGAGCCAGGAGACUGGGCCAGCUGCUGAAGAGAGCCUUCUCCGGCCUAGAGUCUGAGAGGGUCGACCUCUACGCGCCCAAGACCCCAUUUCGUCUUUUCAAGCACCGUAUCCAAAACACCAGAGUGAAUGGAGCCCAGGCUAGUGUUCCAAGGACGGCAUCUCCUCAGAUCACCCAGCUGAUCCUGAGCCUCGUGUCCCAGUGCAAACACAAAGG